UAGGGCAAGACAUCCCACUGAGCCGUGGGGAUGCUGCUGAAAGAACAGACAUCCCACUCCGCCGUGGGAGUGGUGCCCUGAAAAGGAUCGUGAAGGUUUUCUACAACCACAGAGUCCGUUAAGGAGGAAGUUAAAAACCUAGUAGAUGUUUAAUAAGACGAGAGCCAGUCUGUCUCCAAGGGAACCAACUCUCCAAUCGUGAUGAAGAAACAGAACGUACGUACCCUCGUUCUCAUCAUGAGCAUCUUUACCUACCUGCUGGUCGGGGCAGCCGUCUUCGACACUCUGGAGUCGAAACAAGAGAGAAGCCAAAAGAGAAAGCUGGACGAGAGGAAGUGGGAGUUAAUACAAAAAUACAACUUGACCAAAGUGAACUUUGACGAGCUCGAAGUCGUGAUGCUGCAACUGAAACCGCACAAAGCCGGGGUGCAGUGGAAGUUCGCCGGAUCUUUUUACUUCGCUAUCACUGUGAUAACUACAAUAGGGUACGGCCAUGCUGCACCCAGCACGGACUCAGGGAAGGUGUUCUGCAUGUUCUACGCCCUCCUGGGGAUCCCCCUGACCCUUGUCAUGUUCCAGAGCAUGGGAGAACGCAUCAACACACUGGUCCGCUUCCUUUUCCAUCGGGUCAAGCAGUGUCUGGGCCUGCACCACACCGAGGUGUCCAUGGCCAACAUGGUGACCGUCGGCUUCUUCUCCUGCAUGUCAACGCUGUGUGUCGGGGCGGCAGCCUUCUCCCACUACGAGGGCUGGAGCUUCUUCCACGCCUACUACUACUGCUUCAUCACCCUGACCACCAUCGGCUUCGGAGACUACGUAGCGCUGCAGAAGGACCACGCCUUGCAGAACGACCCGCGCUACGUGGCCUUCUGCUUCGUAUACAUCUUGACGGGUCUCACCGUGAUCGGCGCCUUCCUCAACCUGGUUGUGUUGAGGUUCCUGAUGAUGAACACAGAGGACGAGCGACGCGACGCCGAGCAGAAAGCCCUCCUCUCCACGAGGGGUGAGAAGAACGCAGACGGCGGUCUGUCUGCUGUUUCUGUCUCGGCCUCCACUUCCUCCUCCACUCCCCUAGCCACUACUACCGGCGGCACCAAGCGAGGCCCGAAGGAUAUGUACAACGAGGUGCUGGGCUUCCAGACAGUGUGUUCGUGUCUGUGGUACCGCAGCAGGGAGAAUCUGCAGGGCCAGGGAUCCAUCCCAAUGAUUAUAAACCGGGAGCUGGGCUUCUCUGACCAAUACGUAGAGAACUGCACCAUGCUCUCCCCUCACUGGGACAUGAUGUCCUCUCACUACUGUGAGCCAGGUGAUACAGGGUGUGUCUGCAGCCCUAACCAGUGCAUCAGUUCCAUAGCCUCUGGCUUAAACUUCCUCACCCCAUUCAGGGCCUUCGCCAAGAGACGCAGCUCGGUCUAGAUCAGACCAAUUUCAAAUCUGGGACAUCAAAACCAGUUCCACUGCUGAUUUGAAUUCUUCCCCUCUAAUCAGGGAAUCAUUUUAAGACCUUGGACACCAGGUGGGUGAUUCCCCUCUAAUCAGGGAAUCAUUUAGACCUGGGACACCAGGUGUGUGAUUCGCCUCUAAUCAGGGAAUCAUUUAGACCUGGGACACCAGGUGGGUGAUUCCCCUCUAAUCAGGGAAUCAUUUAGACCUUGGACACCAGGUGGGUGAUUCCCCUCUAAUCAGGGAGUCAUUUAGACCUGGGACACCAGGUGGGUGAUUCUCCUCUAAUCAGGGAGUCAUUUAGACCUGGGACACCAGGUGGGUGAUUCCCCUCUAAUCAGGGAAUCAUUUAGACCUGGGACACCAGGUGGGUGAUUCCCCUCUAAUCAGGGAAUCAUUUAGACCUGGGACACCAGGUGGGUGAUUCCCCUCUAAUCAGGGAAUCAUUUAGACCUGGGACACCAGGUGGGUGAUUCCCCUCUAAUCAGGGAAUCAUUUAGACCUGGGACACCAGGUGGGUGAUUCCCCUCUAAUCAGGGAAUCAUCAGGGGACCACCAGGCUGGGAUUUGAAGAUCCCUGGUCGAGACUCAGUGAUCAGGCGGUACUCUGGACCACCAGGCUGGGAUUUGAAGAUCCCUGGUCGAGACUCAGUGAUCAGGCGGUACUCUGGACCACCAGGCUGGGAUUUGAAGAUCCCUGGUCGAGACUCAGUGAUCAGGCGGUACUCUGGACCACCAGGCUGGGAUUUGAAGAUCCCUGGUCGAGACUCAGUGAUCAGGUCAGAUUCCUUUACGCACCAAACAGAGGAAAUCAGCCUGAAACUGGGAUAGACUACCUGAACUGGGAUAGACUACCUGAAACUGGGAUAGACCACCUGAAACUGGGAUAGACUACCUGAACUGGGAUAGACUACCUGAAACUGGGAUAGACUACCUGAACUGGGAUAGACCACCUGAAACUGGGAUAGACUACCUGAAAUUGGGAUAGACUACCUGAAACUGGGAUAGACCACUUGAAACUGGGAUAGACCACUUGAAACUGGGAUAGACCACUUGAAACUGGGAUAGACUACCUGAACUGGGAUAGACUACCUGAAACUGGGACAGACCACCUGAAACUGGGAUAGACUACCUGAAACUGGGAUAGACUACCUGAAACUGGGAUAGACUACCUGAAACUGGGAUAGACUACCUGAACUGGGAUAGACUACCUGAACUGGGAUAGACCACCUGAAACUGGGAUAGACUACCUGAACUGGGAUAGACUACCUGAACUGGGAUAGACUACCUGAACUGGGAUAGACUACCUGAACUGGGAUAGACUACCUGAAACUGGGAUAGACUACCUGAAACUGGGAUAGACUACCUGAAACUGGGAUAGACUACCUGAACUGGGAUAGACUACCUGAACUGGGAUAGACCACCUGAAACUGGGAUAGACUACCUGAACUGGGAUAGACUACCUGAACUGGGAUAGACUACCUGAAACUGGGAUAGACUACCUGAACUGGGAUAGACCACCUGAACUGGGAUAGACUACCUGAAACUGGGAUAGACUACCUGAAACUGGGAUAGACUACCUGAAACUGGGAUAGACUACCUGAACUGGGAUAGACUACCUGAACUGGGAUAGACUACCUGAACUGGGAUAGACCACCUGAACUGGGACAAUAAGAAAUGCUUGUUUUCCCAUGCAAAACGUAUUGCUACAGUGUGCCCUAAUGAAUGUCCCAGUAGUAUGCUACUGUAGUACAUCUCCAUAGACACUGUGAUCAAUAGCCUAGUCCUGCACUUAUGUUCAGCUUGGCAUAAACUGACACUGGCUUUUAAUGCUGGACUCAUUCUGUUAUAUUUUACAAGAUCAUGGUCCUUGUGUGGCUCUGUUGGUAGUAGACACACUGAAGUUGUCGGUUCAGUUCCUGCAGAGAUCAUAUACACAUGGUAAAAAAUGUCUGCUCUCACUGUAAAGACUGGAGAAGAAGUGUCUGCUCUCACUUUAAAGACUGGAGAAGAAGUGUCUGCUCUCACUUUAAAGACUGGAGAAGAAGUGUCUGCUCUCACUUUAAAGACUGGAGAAGAAGUGUCUGCUCUCACUUUAAAGACUGGAGAAGAAGUGUCUGCUCUCACUUUAAAGACUGGAGAAGAAGUGUCUGCUCUCACUUUAAAGACUGGAGAAGAAGUGUCUGCUCUCACUUUAAAGACUGGAGAAGAAGUGUCUGCUCUCACUUUAAAGACUGGAGAAAAAGUGUCUGCUCUCACUAUAAAGACUGGAGAAGAGGUGCUAUGUUAUGAUUAAAGACCAGCCAUCUUGUAAUCUCAGGCUGUUUAGGUAAAAUCACUGCAGUCCUCUUCAGUGGUGGAAAAAGUACUACAUUGUUUUACUCGAGGAAAAGUAAAGAUACCUUAAUAGAAAAUGACUCAAGUAAAAGUCACCCGGUAAAAUACUACUUUAGACUAAAGUCUAAAAGUAUUUGGUUUAAAAUAUACUUAAGUAUCAAAAGUAAAUGGAAAAGUGUUAACCAUUUCAAAUUCCUUAUAUUAAGCAAACCAGACAACACAAAACAUUUUGGGGGGGAUGGAUAGCCAGGGGCCCACUCCGACACUCAGACAUCAUUUACAGAUAGCCAGGGGAACACUCCAACUCUCAGACAUCAUUUACAGAUAGCCAGGGGAACACUCCAACUCUCAGACAUCAUUUACAGAUAGCCAGGGGAACACUCCAACUCUCAGACAUCAUUUACAGAUAGCCAGGGGAACACUCCAACACUCAGACAUCAUUUACAAACGAAGCAUUUGUGUUUAGUGAGUCCGCCAGAUCAGAGGCAGUAAAGAGCACCAGGGAUGUUCUCUUGAUAAGUGUGAAUUGGACCAUUUUCCUGUCCUGCUAGUACUUUUGAGUGUCAGGGGAAAAUGUACAUUAUUUUCAUUAGCAAUGUUGUGAAGUAAAAAUCGGCAGAAAUAUAAAUGGUAAAGUCAAAAAUACAGAUACUACCAAAAAACGACUUAAGUACUUUAAAUAUUAAAGUAUUUUUUCCUACUGAAGUACUUUCCACCACUGGUCCUCUUGCACAGACAGAAACAGACCGUCGGCUGUUGUAACGGAGACAAGAACGUGCCGUAAGCGAAGCUCACUCCACAGCUAGCUUAAAAACGCCACCAACGCUGCUAUCGAAUCGAAUCCUUGGCUAUAGGACUACCGGUUGGUACGUUGACAAGCACCUCUGGUCCGAGAAAAGAGACGGUGGACAGUGGAAGAAGCGAAGCGACUGGUGUCAGUUUCACUGUGGAACAAUAAACACUUCUACGUACUGUAUGUUUACUCUGUUGUAGCGCAGACAUUUUAAUGAAUUGAAUCUAUUGUUAAUGACAUUGCACUCGUGUAGUGUACAUUUUCUGUAUAAUUCUGCUCCGUCACUAUGAAUGGUUAUCACUGUGGCUAGGCAAUCAUUGAUUUCUGAUCGUCUAAUCAAUUUAAAUUUAAAAUAAAAUAAAAAAUGUUUAUUUUAAACUC